CUCUCUCUUCUUGGCGAUCUCUCUCCAUCCUCUCUCUCUCUCUUCCUCUCGAUCUCUCUUCACGCUCUCUCUCUCUAUCCCCACCCACGAUUGCCGAACGCCCUACCCACGCACGCCCUCUCUCUCUCUCGAGCUCGGUUGAAGGCUACAAAUUUCACGAACUUCAGGUCUUCCAGGUGAUUCAAAGAAUUUGAACGCUUAGUCUUUCUCCAUCCAUAUUUGUAUGGGAACCCCGGAGACAUCCCGUGAGCCAUGCCCGGACCGCAUCCUGGACGACAUUGGUGGUGCCUUCGGGAUGGGCGCAGUUGGCGGGUCUGCCUUCCACUUCAUAAAGGGUGUGUACAACUCCCCCAGGGGUGAGCGCCUUCUUGGUGGUUCACAGGCUGUUCGAAUGAAUGCUCCCCGUGUUGGCGGUAGCUUCGCUGUGUGGGGUGGGCUCUUCUCAGCCUUUGACUGCACUAUGGUCUAUGUCCGCCAGAAGGAGGACCCAUGGAACUCCAUCAUCGCUGGUGCCGCGACUGGCGGCUUCCUCCAGAUGCGCCAGGGCCCUGGCCCUGCUGCGCGGUCUGCUGUCUUUGGCGGGGUCCUCCUUGCCCUUAUUGAGGGUGCCGGAAUCAUGCUCAACAAAGUUCUCAGCGCACCCCAGAACUUCCCCAUGGAAGAGCCGGUACCAAACAUGGCCGGUGGCGGUGCUGGGUUCCCGACAAUGGGGUCGAUGCAGGGUCCAACUGUCUCACAGGUGCCUGAGGGGUCUGGGGAAGGGUCAUCGUCAUCAUCUUCUUGGUUUGGAGGGUUUUUUGGUAGUGAGAAGAAGAAAGAGGCAGCAACAAGUGGCAGCAAGACGGAGAUCUUGGAAAGCUUUGAUACGCCGAGCACGCCGAUCCCCUCUUUUGAAUACAAGUGAUAUGCUCAUUUCCAUGAGCUAUAGAUUGGAGCCAAAGAAACAGUUUUAGCUGCCUACCUACAACUCUGGCAUGUUUGGAUGAAAAGCGCCAAAUUGGAGGAUUUUAGAACUUGAAAGUCUCUUCAAGCAACACAGCUCAGAUAGCGGAUAUCUAUUUCCACGCAUCCCUCCUUACAUAAAUUGUCUUUCGUUGUUGUUUCGUUUGCAUUUGAAUAACCUGGUUAAGUCUUUCAGGUACAUCAUUAGAAUUUCAGUUGUGUUGCUUCA